AGUUGUAGUAGUAGUAAAUAAUUGAAAAGAAAAAUGUGUGUGUAUUGAAAGAAAUAAUAUGCAUAAAUAUAAGAGGAAAAUCGAAGAAUUUAGUUCAGUAAUCAACAUUCAGUUGUGUUGUAAAUUUAUCAAAUUUAAUUUGUAAUUUUUUUGUAACUUUUAAUUGAAUAAUAAUGACUGGUCGUGGUAAAGGUGGAAAAGGAUUAGGAAAAGGUGGUGCAAAACGUCAUCGUAAGGUUUUGCGUGAUAAUAUCCAAGGUAUUACAAAACCAGCUAUUCGAAGAUUAGCUCGUCGUGGCGGUGUGAAACGUAUAUCAGGAUUGAUAUAUGAAGAAACACGAGGUGUACUUAAAGUUUUCUUAGAAAAUGUUAUAAGAGAUGCUGUUACAUAUACAGAACAUGCUAAAAGAAAGACUGUAACUGCAAUGGAUGUUGUUUAUGCAUUGAAAAGACAAGGCCGUACUCUAUAUGGUUUUGGAGGUUAA